AUGUCUUACAAGAGCUCGUCUAAACAAGAUAGCUUCAGAGGACAGGACGUCUCUAUUCCGAACAAGGAAGAUUCUCUGAUUCUCGAUGAGAAUACUGAUCCAGAAUUCAAUCCUGCGCCUGACGGUGGUCUGGAAGCCUGGCUAGUCGCUGCAGGUGCGGCCUGUAUUUUCUUCUCGUGUCUCGGCUUCGCCAACUCAUUCGGCGUCCUUCAAGAAUAUUACAUGAGCCACCAACUUCGCGGUCACUCAGCAGAUGCAAUUGCGUGGAUUGGAUCUGUCUCAACAUUUAUCCAGUUCGCUGCCGGGGCAUUGAGCGGACCGUUGUUUGAUCGCUACGGCGCUUGGGCCAGCUGCAGUCACUUACAUCUUUGCAACCAUGAUGACUAGCCUUUGCACAGAGUACUGGCACUUUAUGCUUGCCCAGGGUGUCUUGAUGGGCAGCGCGAUGGCAUUUCUCCAGAUUCCCGCCUUCGCAGCUGUAUCUCAGUACUUUGAUAAGAAAAGAGCGGCGGCUUUUGGGAUAGCAGUCUCUGGCUCUUCUAUUGGUGGCAUUGUCUUUCCAAUUGCUUUGUCUAAAAUGCUGAAUGACUCUUCCCUUGGCUUCGGUUGGUCAAUCCGAAUCAUGGGUUUUGUCAUGAUACCUUUCAUGUCAUUCUCUUGUAUCACUGUCAGGUCUCGCUUACCCGGUCGAAAGACGUCAUUUUUCCUUCCGGAAGCUUUCAAGAACCCGUUAUUUCUGCUCGUCAUUUCGUCACUGUUUUUUCUGUUCAUUGGCAUGUUUGCGCCAUUGUUCUUCAUCCCUACAUACGCUGUUUCAAGAGGCGUCAACCCAACAUUGGCAUCUUACUUCCUUGCCAUCACGAACGCUGCAUCAACUUUUGGGCGGGUCAUACCGGGAGUACUUGCGGACAAAUAUGGCCGACUGAACGUCUACUCCCUUGGUGGACUCUCAACUGGCGUCGUUAUUCUCUGCAUGAACGAGGCGAAGAGUACAGCAGCAUUGGUUGUGUAUGCAGCAGUCUUUGGGUUUACUUCAGGCACAAUCAUCUCGGGCGUUUCUGCCGCCUUUACUCUUGUGGUCAAGGACCCUCGAGAUAACGGUACUUAUAUGGGAAUGGGGUUGGCAGUCAGUUCUCUUGCCGCUUUGAUUGGGCCGCCCGUGAAUGGUGCUCUCGUUGAUCGGUAUGGUGGAUUUUUCGAGGUGUCAGUAUUCAGUGGUGUGAUGUGCUUAUUUGGGGGCUGUCUUGCAGUUUGUGCCAAGAUGAGAACAGUGGAAGGGGUCUUCGGGAGAGUCUAG